AUGGGUGGCAAGAUGGCCGCUCCUCGCUCGCUUGAGGAAAGGAACUUCAUGGCUGACAUGGCACGAAAAGUGGACAGUAACUUCUUCGCCUGGAUUUCUUGUAAUGACAAGAAAGUUGAAGGAAUUUGGGAGUGUGACGGUCAGGACGGUGCGAUCAGUGCUAAAUUUAGGUCAGGUUCCUGCUACUCUCGGCUCACUGUCGAGUGCUCUUGCCCACCACAGUGGCAUCUGUGGGGGAACGAGUGUUAUCGCCUCACUCCUUGGGUAGCGCAAACUUGGGAUCAGGCCAAGUCGGCUUGCCAAGACAUGGGCGGCAAGAUGGCCGCUCCUCGCUCGCUCGAGGAAAUGAACUUCAUGGCUGAUAUGGCACGAAAGGUUGACAGUAACUACUUCGCCUGGAUUGCUUGCACUGACAAGGAGGCUGAAGGAACCUGGGAGUGUGACGGUCAGGAAGAUAUUGAGCCCUUCCUAGAAUGGGAUGAUGGGCAACCAGAUAAUACUAAUAAUCAAGAUUGCGGUCAAAUGGCGGCUGGACAUCAUGACAAAAUGGAUGACGAUAACUGUGACAGUACAUAUCCCCGUUUGGCUUUCUGCAUUCGUCGAGCUGCUUGCACUCACGGCCUAAUCCAGCUCCUUCACUAA